AUGAGUACUGAUAUUAAAGUAUUGCAAAAUAUAAUUCCAUUUGAUUAUAUCUAUCCCCAAAAUGAGUCAUUCGAUAACACUGUACUAAUUGGGAUUUUUAGACCGCAUUUUAAUAAACGGUCGCAAGAUGUAUUGCAGAGAGCCUUUUUCCCAUUAUUUCACAGUUUAAAUAUUUUCUCAGUAUUGUUUUUACUCCCACAUUUGCAUCAAAAAUUGCAAUUAUUCUUCAAUUUUGAAAUACUUUCAACAAUUGGAUCAUACUGGGAUUUAAAUACAAAGAGUCUUUCUUUCAAGUUUGUUAAAUGUGUAAUGGUAAUGCACUCCUAUAAAUUUUAUGCACAUACUAACGCUGCGUUGACCAGACACCGAACGCACGCAUCUGAACCAAACUUUUUGGACUUCCUUAAAUUGAUGAAGUCAUUUAAAAAGCCUGAUUAUUUGCAAAUUCUUGAAUUUACUAGUAAAAAAUCAUCGCGCUCUGCUGUUUGCGAUAUUUCAGUUUGGUGUGAAAAAAUUAAUAAAUUUCGUUUUUCUCUCAGACAAAAGGCAGUAAUGCUUGAAAUUAGUAAUUCAUUUCUCCUAAUGCCUAUUCACGUCAAUUCCCCCAGUUCAGUCAUUCUCAGACCGUUUAAUUUCAUACACUUCAUCCUAAAGCAUACAUGUGAAUUACGAGCAAGUUUUCUAGACCCGAGACGUGGAGCCCCGUACAAGGUAAAAAUGUUUGGAAAUAUAUUUGCGGCAUCACCCAUUAAUAUUUUCGAUAUCGCAACUGAAAAGGCUGCUGCAUGGUACAUAUGA